CUUCGUACUUUCCAUUUCCAUAAAGGGUUUUUGGGUUUUCCUUUUUUUAUUAAAGGGUUUGUUUUGAGUGUUUUUCUUUUUGAAUCACUGUCUUAGUUGUUUCUAGAUAGAAAGAACUAUGCCUAUGCCUUCUAUCUUUAAAAGAAUUUAUUUAUUUUCAUUGACGGGAUUUUUUAGUUACUUGUUUUAGUUUUGUGGUUUUAAGUUUAUGGUGAAAAGGGUGUGUUUCUUACAUCUCUAAGUCUUCAUGUUCUGCUUUAUGUCGGUCAAAGUCGUCCAGAUGGCCAUGCAGGAAGGAAGUCCUGCCGAUACUCAUACUCCCAGUGCUCAAGUUGUUGGAAAUGCUUUUGUGGAGCAGUAUUACCAUAUUCUUCAGCAAUCGCCGAAUCUGGUGCAUAGAUUUUAUCAAGAGUCAAGUCGUUUAAGUCGGCCAGAUAUGUAUGGCAACAUGACAACAGUAACAAGCAUGCAAGCAAUUAAUGAGAUGGUGCUAUCGUUGAAUUAUGAGGACUAUAAAGCGGAGAUAAAAACUGCAGAUGCUCAGGACUCUUUUGAGAAAGGGGUCAUUGUAAUGGUUUCUGGAUGCUUAACUGGGAAGGACAGUGUGAGAAAGAAAUUCACACAAACCUUCUUUCUAGCUCCACAAGAAAAAGGCUACUUUGUCUUAAAUGAUAUUUUCAGAUACGUUGAAGAGAAAGAGUUGCAAAACUCUGUUCCAGUUAAUGGCAUCGGUGAACAGGCUUCAACACCUGCCUUGACACCAGAACCAGAGCCGACUCAUAAACAUCUCGCAGAGGACCCAUUAACUUACCCAGGAGAGGAAGAUAUUAUUAAUGGUGAUGAAGUUUGUGACCCCUUAGAUAAGGAAGAAGGAUCAGUAAUUGAAGAAGAGGUUGUUGAACCCCAAAACAUUGUCAGUCAGAAUGAGAGUGUUGCGGCUGUUGAUUCAGCUCCUCUGGUUCCAGAGGAUGCUCCAAAAAAAUCAUAUGCUUCAAUUGUCAAAGCAACAAAAAGUAAUACAGCAACUUCUCCGGUCUAUGUACGUACCAAUAAUGUGAGGGCAGCACCUGCAGAUCAACAUUCAAUUAUUUCUGCUAAACCUGCUCCAGCACCAGAAACAGCAGUACCUAACAGUGAUAAUGCAGCUGAAAGUAGCAAUGACAACGAGGAAGCUGAAGGACACUCCAUUUAUGUACGGAAUUUGCCUUAUAAUGCAACACCUGCACAACUUGAGGAGGCAUUCAAAAAUUUUGGGCCCAUUAAGCACGAUGGCAUUCAAGUCAGAAGUAAUAAGCAGAGAUUCACUUUUGGUUUUGUUGAAUUUGAGACUGCAAGUUCAGUGCAGAGUGCACUUGAGGCUUCACCAAUUACAAUUGGGGGUCGUCAAGCUGCUGUGGAAGAAAAGAGGACAAAUACUCGAGUUGGUAGCAGUGGGAAAGCAAGGUAUUCUUCGAGUAAAGGUGGGUUUCGGAGUGACAGCUUCAGGGGUCGAGGGAACUUCGGCAGUGGCCAAGGAGGCUAUGGCAGGAUUGAAUUCAGAAAGCAGGGUGAGUUUUCAGGACGACCCAAGGGUCCAGGUGGACGGUAUGGAGAUAAUUAUCAGUGGGUUAAUCAGAAUGGAAGGGGUGACCGUCAAAGUGGAGCAAAAGCCUGAUUCUAUUUCUUCUUGGACAUUAGCUGAGAAAUAACCAAAUGAUUUUUUUGACAAUAUAAACAAAGGGAAUGAAGGAACUAACUGUUAAUGAGGGGACUAUUAGGCUAUUCUUUUCUUUUCUUUUUUUAACUCUUUCGCUUCUUUUAUCCUCCCCUCGGCAUCUCAUAAAGCAUACGUGAAAUAGGAAAAAGGUGGUUUAUUCAACUAAUGUACUCAGGAUUCUUUGAUCAAAUUUUUGGUAUUAUCAUGAUAUGCUCUGUCGCCUCAUGAUUUUGGAGUUUGAUUCAGCAUUCCUUUUAAUUUUAUUGAGAGUCUACUUGAAUGUAUUAUGUUAGUUCGAAACGCAGAACUUGCAAUGAUAUCACAGAAAAACUAUAUAAAACCAUUACCUUUACUCUGGAGUUUGGGUCAUUUCUGCAGGAUGGUUACCCAAUUUAGUUUGAUUUCUGCAAGAUUUGAUGCUGCAAAAGCUGCUGAUCCACCAGCUAUACAAACUAAAGCCGCCACAACCUGCAACAUCUCUUCCCAGAUGUUAUC